AUCCUCACACUCCGAUUCAGCGAUUCAGAAAGCUUAACAACAACAGAUACCAAAAGCUCUUCUUUAAUCAAUCAAUGGCGGCGAAGAGAGUCGGAGCCGGUAAAUCUGGCGGAGGAGAGCCAAACAUCUUAGCUAAGAUUUCAAACUCUGAGAUCGUGUCUCAAGGAAGACGCGCCGCCGGAGACGCCGUCGAAGUAUCGAAGAAACUGCUCUGGAGCACAGGAAAAGCUGCGUGGAUCGCUGGGACUACGUUUCUCAUCCUUGUUGUUCCAUUGAUCAUUGAGAUGGAUCGUGAGUCACAGCUCAAUGAAAUUGAGCUUCAGCAGGCGAGUCUCCUCGGAGCUCCACCGUCUCCAAUGCAAAGGGGAUUGUAAGAACUUUAGGGUUCUCUGUUUUACUAGUUGUUUUUGGAAUUCGAAUUUCUUAUAAGAGUGCGUUUUACACAUCGUUGGAUUCAUAAAAGUUCGAGCUUUUUCUAAGUCUUGUUUUGUUUAUCAUCUCUAUCAGAUUGAUUAUUCUGGUUGUUUCUCUUGAUCCACCAUCCAAUUGAAAUCGUUUCUAUUGCUAUAAA